AAACUCCACCGACCUAUUCCUAAUGUCCCCGAGUCCUCCGCUGCUGAAGGUGGAAGAACGCAAAGGAUAGAUCUGUCUACAAGUUGAGUUAUCGUAGGAUUUUUCCUCAAGUUCAGAUCAAUCGAGUUCUAACCCUGAACAAUUACCCUCCGAUCUCCCUGGCUACCCCUUAUUGUUGAAGAGAUCGAAGUGAUCAAGAUGCAGCAAGGGAGCGACUUCGGUUCCCAAUACUACGCAUAUCAGUAUCCUCCAUCCCAUCCGAACCCUAACCCUACUCCCAAUCCCAACGAGUUUGCUCCUCCUAAUUCGAUUCAUCCGUCAUACGCCUCCGCUCCGCCUUUUUCCCAUUAUUCGUCCUCCAUGUCCGCCUCUACCGCCCCUUACCCUCCCUUUUCCCAACAUGCGGAUCCCAUCCCAACGGUACCGCCCUCGGCUCCAUCGUAUUCCCAGCCUCAAUCCCAAUCUCAAGACGCGGCAUCGCAAUACCCUCCCUAUGCGAACUACAGUUCAUCUCUCUUCCAGCCGGAGCUGUCCUCCAGUCCGGCGUUGGCGCCGUAUUCUAAUCUCCAGCAACCUUCUUCUGCCCCAUACCAUUCCUAUGACUCCCAUCACAAUUAUAACCUCCCAAAUCCCAAUCCUGAUCCCACUCAGAGGUCCGAUCUUACUCCUCCCGUCACCACCUCUGUCUACGCUCCUAGCGAAACCACCUAUCAGGGUGGCGUCCCGAGAUUCGAUCAUGGCGUUGGGUACUACAAUGACAAUUCUGGAAAGUAUGACAUGAACGCUGCCGGAUCCUUCGGGCAAAGCCGGCCUGGUUAUGAUCAGGAUUUUUAUGAAAAGCGGCCGGAGCGGGAGUUUCAAUAUGGGCAUGUUAGUGCGCAGGAUGAUGGAUUAGGAGAGGGUGUCUAUGCCUAUGAUGGCGGUAGAUCAGAGCCGUACGGUGCUCGUGGAACGUUACCUAGGUCUUCAUCUUCAUCGGCUUGGGGCGGGUUUGAUGAUUAUGGGAGGUCGACUAGCUUUUCUUCCGGUAGGGGUGACCAAGUUGGGAGUGCGGGUAAGAUUGUUAGGGCGGUACCAAAGGCAGAAGCUCAGCAGGAUGUUAAGAGUGGAGUGCAGAAAUUCCGGGUUAAACUUUUGCCAGAAGGGACGAACGUGAAUACCACCGACGUUCUUUGCCAGGGUAAGACCAUCGAGUUUCUGAUAAAGAUCGUGGUAUUAUGUAGUUAUAACCGAGAAUAUAUUGGUUUGGAUGGAAUUCGCAUGCUGGAUCCUAGUACUAGCAGGACCUUGAGGAUUUAUCCAUUGGAAAAUGUGACAAGAUGGGAGGUUCUAGAUUCUUCCAUAUUCUGCUUUUGGUCUAAAAGCUCUGUUGAUAUCGAACCCAAACGCAUCAGACUGAAAUCUAAUAGUUACACCACCACUACCAUACUUGACACUGUAACUGCUGCAUCUGUGCAGCUUAAGGAGAUGGGUGGCAGUGAUGUUGGCCGAAGCAGAGUAAGUGCUGAUGGUGGCAAGCCAUCCGAACAGGCAAAUGAAAAGAAAAAGGGUUUGGCUGACUGGAUGAACAAGAUGAAACCAGGCAAUGAGGAGAAAGAUCAUUGGGUUCCAGACGAAGCCGUCUCACAAUGCACAUCUUGUGCCGUUGCUUUUGGGCCUUUUGUUCGUAGGCAUCAUUGUAGGAAUUGUGGUGAUAUCUUCUGCGACAAAUGUAGCCAAGGAAGAACUGCUCUAACUACAGAUGAGAAUGCUCAGCUAGUCCGUGUUUGUGACGGAUGCAUGGCGGAAGUUACUCAAAACUUGAGCAUUGCUAAGGAGGCUGGCAACCGUUCUGCUGUGUCGCAGACACAUGAAGAUCUUGCUAGGAAGCUACAGGAAGAGAUGGAGAGAAAUCGCAAGCCUUCAUCGGAUUCGAAAUUGUCUGAUUCAUCUGGAAAGAAGAUGAGGGAAGUGGCGUGUCCUAUCUGCACCGUCCAUUUACAGGUUCAAGUUCCUAACUCAGGUUCUGAAACAAUAGAAUGUGGUGUUUGCCAAAAUCCAUUUCUUGUGAGCGCCCAUUGAUGAUAUUAUCUCUAUCUGGUCUCAUGGUGGAGUGGCGGUUGUUUAGUUUCUUCCCUUCCCUUCCAACCAAUGUAAUUGUUGUUGUUCUACAGUAUAUCUAUCUAUUGAUUGCUUCCUCUCUUCCCACUGCACGCACGCACUUUGUUUAUUUAUUUAUAUCAAAUUUAUUAUAGAUUAUUUGGGAAUGUGGUGGUUGUCGUUUGAUUCUUGUUUUACUGUAUAUCUAUACAUAUAUGUAUGUGUAUGUGUGAGUUGAGCUUUC